AUGAUAGGAAAGCCAAAAGUGCGUCUUCAGACAUUUCCACCAUUAAACAGCCGAAUUGGCAGCACUUCCUCGUAGUUAGUCAUGGGAGCUUUGUUUGGGAAAAGCAGCAAAAAGACGGCUCCUAGCCGGAUUACCGACCAGGACAAGGCGGUGCUGCAAUUGAAGCAACAAAGGGAUCGCCUUAAGCAGUACCAAAAACGCAUAGAAACGCAGCUGGAGAAUGAUCGACUUAUGGCCAAGAAGUGCCUGCAGCAGGGUCGCAAAGACCGGGCCAAACUGCUACUGCGCAAAAAGAAGUACCAGGAAAGUCUGCUGACCAAUGCCGACAAGCAGCUGGAUAACCUGGAAAAGUUAGCCGCCGACCUGGAGUUCGCCCAGGUGGAGAUGAAGGUGCUGGACGGCCUCAAGGCGGGAAAUGCCGCCCUGAAAAAGGUGCACGACAUGCUGGACAUCGACGAGGUGGAACGAAUCAUGGACGAAACCCGCGAGGGCAUCGAAAAGCAGCAGGAGAUAGACGCCAUACUGACCGAUGUGCUGACCACGCAGGACGAGGAGGAUGUCCUGGCCGAACUGGAUGCCCUCGAGGCGGAGGAAGAGCAGCAAAAGGCCGUUCAGCUGCCCGAGGUGCCCACCGAGGACCUCCCGACUCCCGCCGAAAGCGAAACCGCGGAGGAGCCGGAAAAGACCAAAGCAAUCAGCAGCAAACCCAAGAAAGUCCUGGUGGAGGCAUAGAACCUAAACUAAAACGAAACCAAUGCCAUUUUGUAUGUAUAUAUUGACGUUUAACUAAAUUUUCAAUAAGUCCAAUGUGAAAUACAUAUUUUAAUAGACUACGCUUUGCCUCAGGAA